AUGGAUACUGCCGAAGGGCGCCGGUUUGAUAGACCUGGUAGAGGCACAAAUAACCGGUACUCAUCCGUGUUGGCCUCAGUUCGUGCUCUAGGAGAAGGGGACCGUGAAGAAUCGGUGCAGGCAACGGCGGCGACAACACCCAGCAAUGGCGAGAGAACCCUUCCACUCAACCAGCUGUCCCUGGGAGGACUUCACAACCCGGCGAGUACAACUGGGACGACUGGGGGCCGCCGGACGGGUCCUCGCCGCACGACGGUUCGCAGAGGCUCAAAUCAACAUCAGCUGCGGCCCAACUCUGCUCGCGCCACGCCAACAUCUAGACAGCAGCAGCAGCAGCAGCGGAACUCUGCUCGCGUCACCCCAACCACUGGACAGCAGCAGCAGCAGCAGCUGCAGAGCACCACUGGUCUGCCUACCUCACCGUAUGGGCAGCAGCAGCAGCAGCAGCAGCAGCAGCAGCAGCAGCAGCAGCUGCGGAACUCUUCUCGUGCCACCCCAACCACCGGACAGCAGCAGCAGCAGCAGCAGCUGCAGACCACCACUGGUCUGCCUACCUCACCGUAUGGGCAGCAGCAGCAGCAGCAGCAGCAGCAGCAGCAGCAGCAGCUGCGGAACUCUUCUCGUGCCACCCCAACCACCGGACAGCAGCAGCAGCAGCAGCAGCUGCAGACCACCACUGGUCUGCCUACCUCACCGUAUGGGCAGCAGCAGCAGCAGCAGCAGCAGCAGCAGCAGCAGCAGCAGCAGCAGCGGAACUCUCCUCGUGCCACGCCAACCACUGGACUGCAGCUGCAGCAGCUGCCCAACUCUCCUCGCCUCACCCCAACCAUUGGACAUCAGCAGCAGCAGCUGCCCAACUCUCCUCGCCUCACCCCAACCAUUGGACAUCAGGAGCAGCAGUUGCAGACCACCACGGGUCUGCAAACCUCGACUAAUGGACUGCAGGAGCAGCAGCAGCAGCCCGCCACGGAUCUGCAUGCCUCACCGUAUGGGCAGCAGCAGCAGCAGCCCGCCACGGAUCUGCAUGCCUCACCGUAUGGGCAGCAGCAGCAGCAGCCCGCCACGGAUCUGCAUGCCUCACCGUAUGGGCAGCAGCAGCAGCAGCCCGCCACGGAUCUGCAUGCCUCACCGUAUGGGCAGCAGCAGCAGCAGCCCGCCACGGAUCUGCAUGCCUCACCGUAUGGGCAGCAGCAGCAGCAGCCCGCCACGGAUCUGCAUGCCUCACCGUAUGGGCAGCAGCAGCAGCAGCCCGCCACGGAUCUGCAUGCCUCACCGUAUGGGCAGCAGCAGCAGCAGCCCGCCACGGAUCUGCAUGCCUCACCGUAUGGGCAGCAGCAACAGCUGCCCGCGGAUGUGCCAUCUUCGCCGCAUGUGCAGCAGCAGCAACAGCAGCAGGCACCGAUGCAACCCGAGGGUCUGCAUACCCCUUCUACUGGGUAUGGGGAUGAUGGCGCCCCGACUGACUAUAUGCAGCCCCUAGACCCUGAAGCUUUCCCGGAGAUGGAACCUCAGGUACCUGAGCCUGGUUACGAGGGGCUAGAUGAGUAUAGUGAUGCCGAUGAGGAAGCGGGACAAGGAGUGGACCUUAUCUCCCGGGAAGAGUUCGAUGCUGCUCAGGCUGAGGCACCUGUGGAGAUCCUUUACUUCGAAACUUCGGAUGUGGACCUGGAGUAUUGGACGCCGCGGGACACCAACAUCACCGCCCUCUGCACGGCUCUAAACAUCACAGAUCCUGAGGGAGUGGCUAACCUGCGCCUUGUCAUGGAGAACGAAACGGCUCGGCCUAGGCACCUUCGAAAGAAGCUUCAGGAUGCGAGGAACAAGACCCUCACCACGGGUCGUGUCUUGCUGUACGAAAGAUUUGACAUUCGCAUCAAACGUCCGGACCGCAACCGGGUCGAGAUCGGAACGCUGUCGCCUGCGGCGUUCUGUGCCUCCUACCCUGCUAGCAGCCCGGUGCACUGCUGUGGGCGUGGGAUGCAAGGCGGCGUGCCCUUAGUUAAACUCCCCUCCCACCAAUUGAUCCCCACCCAAGUCCCACUGCCUGUGCUCACCAUCUCCGUGCAGGCAGCAUGUUGCACUGCUGUGGGCGUGAGAUGCAAGGUGGAGUAA